CACCCGCCUCUGUCUCAUCGACCAUCUGUGCUCUCUCUCGCUCUCGCCACGCCAGUCAAAAUGUCUCACCAGACUUCAGUAAAGGUCCAGAGGAGAGGCUUCAGCAACUCCUCUGCCAUCGUCCCUGGAUGCAGCCGCAAAAGCUUCACUUCGCGCACUGUAACCAGAGGUGGAAGCUGUGGUGUCGGUGGUGCUGGUUUUGGUAGGGUCGGGGGCGGCGGGGGCGGCUUUGGCAGCAUAAGCCUCUGCAACCUUGGUGGAUUUAAUAGGGUCGCAGCGGCUGGUGGUGCUUCCAGCGUGGGUUACGGUUACGGUUGUGGUUACGGUGGUGGCCUUGGCAGUGGAUUUGGGCUUGGUGGCGGCGCAGGUGGCAGCUAUGGGCUGGUUGGAGCUGGCUUUGGCGGUGGGAGAGGCGGUCCUGGCUUCCCUGUUUGCCCACCUGGCGGGAUCCAAGAAGUGACCGUCAAUCAGCACCUGCUGGCACCUCUCAACUUGGAGAUUGACCCCAACAUACAGAGAGUCCGCAGAGAGGAGGGGGAGCAGAUCAAGACCCUCAACAACAAAUUUGCAUCCUUCAUUGAUAAGGUGCGUUUCCUUGAACAACAGAACAAAGUUCUGGAAACAAAAUGGACUUUGCUUCAGGAGCAGGGCCAGAAAACGAUCAGAAACAACAUUGAGCCCCUUUUCGAAGCUUACAUCAACAAUCUGAGGAAACAGCUGAACUGCCUGGACAAUGACAAAGCAAGACUGACUGGAGAACUGGGCAACAUGCAGAACCUAGUUGAGGACUUCAAGCGCAAAUUUGAAGAUGAGAUCAACAGGCGUACAACUGCAGAAAAUGACUUUGUAACCCUCAAGAAGGAUGUGGAUACCGCCUACAUGAACAAAGUAGAGCUGCAAGCCAAGGCAGAUUCCCUCAAUGACGAACUCAACUUCCUCAGAGCACUGUAUGAAGCGGAACUUGCACAGAUGCAGACACAAGUCUCUGACACUUCCGUGAUUCUUUCAAUGGACAACAACCGCAGCCUGGACCUCGGCAGCAUCAUUGCUGAAGUCAAAGCUCAGUAUGAAGACAUUGCAAACAGGAGCAGGGUGGAGGCCGAAUCCUGGUACCAAAGCAAGUAUGAGGAACUCCAGGCUACUGCCGGAAGACACGGGGAUGACCUUCGCAACACCAAGCAAGAGAUUUCUGAACUCAACCGACAAAUCCAGAGGCUGCGCGCUGAAAUUGACAAUGUGAAGAAGCAGUGUGCCAAACUUCAGGCAGCCAUUGCGGAAGCAGAAGAGCGUGGCGAGCUGGCUCUCAAGGAUGCAAGGCAAAAGCUUGCUGAGCUUGAGGAUGCUCUUCAGAGAGCCAAACAAGACAUGGCUCGGCAGCUGAAGGACUACCAGGAACUGAUGAGUGUCAAGCUAGCCCUAGAUAUUGAGAUUGCCACCUACAGGAAGCUUCUGGAAGGAGAGGAAUGCCGCCUGGCUAGUGAUGGAGCAGGGACAGUGAACAUCUCUGUCGUCUCUUCAACCGUCGGAUGUAGCGGUGUGGGCGCUGUUGGCAGCGGUCUUGGCUAUGGAGGCGCAUGCAGCGUUGGCUAUGGAGGCGGAAGCAGCCUCAGCCUGGGAGGAGGUAGCGGUUUCGGAGUAGGAGGAGGCUGUGUGGGCCUUGGGAGUGGACUUGGUGCUGGAGGAAGCAGCUUCAGCUCUGGGAGUGGAAGAGGCAUCGGAGGAGUGAAUCUCGGAGGCGGCAGCAGCUCUAGCAUGAAAUUUGUUUCCUCUUCUCAAAAAUCCUACAGAUGCUAAAGCUCAGACUUCCUUGCAGCCUUGGAAAACAAAAAUGUAACUUGUGAACCAUGUCUCACCUAGGCCUCCCUCUACAGUACACACUCUUAUUGUGAGUGGCUUGUUCAAUACCAUCCCUUUGUUUGAUCACAUUUGGGGGAAAUGUAAAACUCUACUUUUCAGAUGAUCUGUGUUGUAAUGGGCUCUCUGCCAUCGAUAGAGUUUGCACCAAUUUUUAAUCUUGCUUCACCUCUCCACUUAAUUGUUGAUCCUUUCAAAUCAGAAUUCUAAGGUUUCAAAUUUUGUAUAAACCAGAUCACCGUUUGUUGGUUCUUGCUUUCUUUGAUGCCUGACUUCA